CGGGCAGGUUUUCCCUCAUUCCCUAAGCAUCCUGGGUAACAACACAUCUAGUGUUAUAUACUUGUAGUGUUAUUACCUAAUAUGUGAGCGUGCAGUCACAGAGGUGGUCAUAUGGGAUAAUACACCGGAGGCAGUGGGAGCGCUGGAUUCUGCAGCUGCAAUCUGACACAGGCUGCUGGAUCUGUACAUUGUACUGCGAGCAGAACAGGUGACGGGAGAACAGUCCUGCGCUGCACAGAGCUCCUUCACCAAGCAACUCGUAUAGAGAAGUGAGGUUCCAGAGGCAGCAGCCGAUUAUACCGUGUCUGUGAUGUCACCGUGUACUAGCUGACAUCAUCACCAGCCAUCAGCACCAGCCUGGAGAAAUGUCCAGCUUGUUAAUUUCAUCAGUCCAUACAGGUAUGAACAGCCAGGAGCUGGGUCCCGGCAUUAUCCAGCAGGACUGGACCCCCAGCGUGUACCCGGUGUAUGAAGAAGACAGUAACAGCAGCUGCGGAUCCCUGGGGACGUCUGUACGGAGUGUGAAGGCCAGCGAGGGAGAGGACAAUGACCCAGACGCUGAGGAGAAGGUUUGCACUGUGUGUGGAGACAGGGCCAACGGGUAUCACUUCCACGUCCUGACCUGCGAGGGCUGCAAAGGAUUCUUCAGACGUUCCAUGGCUAAAGGGUUAACCUUCACCUGUCCGUUCACUCGCACCUGUACCGUCGCCAAAAACAAGCGCCGGAGGUGCCAGGCCUGCCGGCUCCAGAAAUGCCUUGACGUGGGGAUGAGGAGAGACAUGAUCAUGUCAGAGGACGCCCUGAUGGCGCGACGCGAGCUGAGAAUGAGGAAGAAGCAGGAGCGUCUACAGAAGGUCCACAAGGUGUCGGAGGUGGGGUCUCUGACGGAGGAACAGAAGCAGCUCAUCGCCAUCCUCAUCGAGGCCCACAGAAAGCACUUUGACUCCAAUUUUAACAAUUUUGUGGGUUACAGGCGAUCUCCUUUGGCUGACCUAUGGAUACCCCCGCCCAUAGACAGCAGUAGCCCCAGUGACAUGGACCUGUCGCCCAACGCCCAACUGCUGACUGACAGCGUCCUGCAGGCCGAUGACUUCAGGGAACUGCCUCAUUUUGCCGACCUCAGCACCUACAUGAUCCAGCAGGUCAUCAAAUUCGCCAAAGAGAUACCAGCUUUCCGGGCUCUGCCCAUCGAUGACCAGAUUUCUCUUCUGAAGGGCUCCACCAUGGAAGUCUCCCAGAUCCAGUUUAAUUCUGUCUUUAACCUGGAGACCAAUAUGUGGGAGUGCGGACGCAUGAAAUUUAGUAUAGAGCUUGGCAUCAUGACCGGCUUUCAGCAGCUGUUUUUGGAGCCGCUGCUGAAGUUCCACGUCACCUUACGCAAGCUGAAGCUACACGAGCCGGAGUACGUUCUGAUGCAGGCCCUGGCGCUGUUUUCCCCAGACCGCCCAGGUGUCAUGGAGCACAGCGUUAUUGAUGAGAUCCAGGAGAGAACCGCCCUGACACUGAAAUGCUACAUCGAUUACCACCACCCGCUGCCAGACAGCAGGUUCCUGUACGCCAAGCUCCUCUCCCUGCUGGCAGAACUUCGCACCUUGAAUGUUGAAAACACCAGACAGAUCGUUCACAUCCAGAAUAUAACGUCUGACGCCAUGACACCGCUAAUGAAAGAGCUUUACAGCUGAGAAUAAAGGAAAGAUUGGCGCAACAUCGUAAUGCAGAUUGUGCCAUGAACUUCUACAGCAAGCUAGUUAUCAAUGUGAACUGGAUAAGCCAGGAUGUAUUUCAUGUACAAUGCACUUACGCCAAUAUAUGUCAGGACAAGUGGUUUUAUUUCCGGCUAUACAUCUAAAGGACGUUUUGGUGGGAAUGGAGUAAUGGGAUCAGUGGUGUAAAAUCAACAUAGGUCCAGGGACUUUACGUACAAUCAAGAAGUUAUCAGUGACCCUACAGGAGGUGGACUUCUCCUUCUUCUCAGAGUUAUGGAAGCACGUGCACUUGAUUUGCUCCAAAUGACAAUUUUCUAAAACAGGCAAAGCUCUGACCCAGAAAUAUGAACUUAUGGUCCCUGCAAGAUAUGGGUUCAGACGCCAGUCAAGUGCAAGCUCCUCUGCGCACUCUCAGCCCUUUCCUGCUCAGAGAGGCCCCUAGUAGAAUUCAGGAUUCAUCGCUCGCUAGCCUUUAAUUCUAUUUGCCUGGAAUGAACAUUUAUAAUCCUAUCAGAACGGUUCCUUGAGGUAAUAUUUUAAUUAUGGCAGGGGCAUAUAUUUUCCCCUAUGCAUAUCAGAGUUGUCGCCGGUAACCCUUUGUAAAGGACAUGCAAUAACCGUUUGGGGUCAAAAGCUGGUUACACCACCUCUUGAACCUUUGUUGUUGAUUUAACCACUUUGACCGACCAUAUUACCUGCAUUGAAAUUUCUAAGCCCAUUCAGUUUCUCAUCGUUGCGCUGGAUUUCAUUAGUCAAGGAUCUGGUGGAUCCCGAGGGGAGGUGUGAAUAAAAAUAACAGACGCCAGUCACUGACGGGGGUUAGAGAACUACGGUACAUAACAUGUGACCACAGCCGUGGUAAAAGGAAGCUUGCUUCCGUAUUUGUGAACAGCACUUAAACGAUUUAGCAGAUUACAUCAACUCAUUAUUAUUGCCUUAAUGACCCUGACGGUCUGCGCAUCAGAUGGAAACUGCACGCUAGGUAUACACAGAUACUCUGAAUAAGUAAUGUAUACACAGGUAUAUUUCUCUGAAGCCCUUUAUAAUGGCUCAGACGCCCAUUCACAUCAGCUAAUGGAAAGGAUGAGUGAGGAAUAUGUCAGUUGUGUGAACAACGGUUCUGGAGAUUAUACUAAGACUAUGGAAUCGACACUAAUGUCUUGUACAUUGUAUACCGUAUAAUGCUAGGGGACCUCUCUUAUUCCCAUAUAAUACACAAAAGCGCUGUUUCUCUUACUGAUGGGAGUUACAUCAUUCAUGAGUUACAAGUGAAGUGUUAAAUUGGAGUUAUCGCCCACAAAAAGUGGAGGCAGCCAUAUUUGUUUUUCUACCGGACCCAAUAUUCAGCCAAUCAGAUCAGUAGGGCCUAGUGACAUCACAGAGACAUGGGGCACUGCGCAGUGAGGUCACCAGUUCUGGUGAACUUAUGUGUUUCAUUCUAGUGAAUGUAAGUCGGCACUCCUAUACCAAUAUGGCAUGCUCUUGCACAUGGGGGAAUGCCACACCAACCCUGGAGCGCCAGAGAUAGGUGUGAGAGGGAUGCCGACAUCAACCAUCUUCCCAGCAGUCGGGACACAGAUGCCAACUUAAAUUGCGACUCUCCUGUUUAAAUCAGGACAGUCCUCGCUGCUUGUGUACGUGACAGUGGGUAGCCUAAUCCUAACUCUCCUGCCAGUCCGUGCAGAAUGUUAGUGUUUCAUCAGUUGACAUCCUGUACAUGCCGACAUGUUAAAUGUUUGCAUCAUAACAUUCAACAUUGUGAUUUUUUACAUUUUAACAGCAUCCCCUUAAGGCAUUUUGCUAAAAACAUUUAUACAUGCAAUGUGUACAGUCAGCCUGUAGAUGGUGCUGUAUGCUACUGACAUCUAUUAAAGAUUUGUUCACCCUAAGCAGAGUAAUCACAUUGCUGCGCCAUCUACUGGUGGUGAUAGGGUGCUACACUACAGCAAUACCUGGGCAAGGAGCAAACGCUCUCUAAGGGACAUUAUCAUUGUAAGUAAAUGUUUUGUAGUUCUCUCUACAGAUUUCAUUCACCUGUGACUGUUCCUAUAUGGUGUAUUGGAUGAGGUCUAUGCACAGGUUACAUACACGGUACAGCCUGGCUAUAUAAGACACUUAUUUCAAGAUCCUCAAAUUCACCAUUUCAGCCUGUAACAAAGGUUCUGAGACAUAGUAACAUUAUUUUACAAUAAAAUUAUAUUUUUAAACAAUUUUAACUGAAUGUCUGUCUACAUAACAAGCAGUAUAUACCAGAAACCAUGAACACCAUACAGAGGGAAGGCAGCCAUUUUAUCUCAUCAGUUCCCAUUAUUAUACAAUCCAAAUAAUAUACUGGCUUAAUUGGUUCCCAACAUAAAAAAAAAAAAAUCCCUACCGUGAAUGUGUCUGUGUGUACAUGUGAUAGGGAAUAUAGAGUGUGAGCUCCACUGGGGCAGGGACUCAUGUGAAUGGCCAAAUAGUCUCUGUAAAGCGCUGCGGAAUAUGUGUGCGCUAUAUAAAUAACUGGUAAUAAUUGGUUGGGUUCGAGAGACCGGCACUCAGAACGCUGGCAGUCACAUGACCAACUGCUAGGUAAGUAUGCCAACCCUCUCCCAAUCCUCCCUUCUUGCAGCUUAACCCUAACCUCCCCCCUACAGCCUAACCCUAAGCCUCCCCGGCAUACUUACGUGAUGACGGCACUCUGGCGUCGGGAUUCUGACGUGUGACUGGAUUCCCUCUCCGGUCUUCUUACCGCCAGCAUUCCAAACGUCGGGAUGACAACUACAUCCCAGUAAUAAUAAUAUCUCGCAAGCAUAUUCCAGAAUAUCCAGCACACCAGAUCUGCUCACGCACAGAAAAGUGUAUAUUCUAUUUUUGCAAAUGUUGGGUUCUGGUGUGUUUCUUGACAUUCUAGAAUAUGCUGGAUAUUCAUCUAUUAUUACCAGGCAGCCAGUGUAUGAAUAUAUGUUUGAGUGUGCAUCACUUGCUCUUUCUGCACACACCCACAUUAUAAUAUAUACACUGUAUAUUAAUAUAUGCCCAUUAAGCUUAAUGCUGAGAUCCUGUCUCACAGAAGUGGUUGCUGGGAAAUGUAUGCCCUGAGCGUGGGGAUAGGAGUCUUGAGAAAUGUCUAGAUAUAAAUAAAUGAUAUUUUUGAAAGGAA